CUUUUUGUAAGGGAAUGAGGAAAUAGAACCCGGAGGCUAGCAUCUCCUGGGUCGGGUCUGGAUCGGUUUUCGAGUCAGUAUCUUUUGUUUAUCUUUUAUACACCUCCAUUUUCUCAUUUUGUCGAUCAGGUGAAGCUCAGAAGGAGCUGUGAAAGUUUGAAGCAGCUCGCAGCUAACCUCAAUAGUCUUAGCACAGGUCCAAUAUGGAGCAGCACAAUUCCAAACCCAUUCGCUGCAUAGUCAAACUCGGUGGAGCAGCCAUUACAUGUAAAAAUGAGUUAGAAACCAUACACAAGGAGAACCUGAUGAUCGUUUCAUCACAGCUCAGGCAGACUUUGAUGUCUGGUUCUGCUUCUUCGAGAGUUGUUGGGAUGGACUGGAGUAAAAGGAUUGGGUUCUCUGAACCACCAAUUCUUGAAAGCGGUUGUAGUGAUCAACCUGUUGUUGAUUCUAAGUCUUUUGUUGUUGUUCACGGGGCAGGUUCUUUUGGGCACUUCCAAGCAAGCAAAUCUGGCGUGCAUAAAGGUGGGUUGAGCAAACCUAUUGUCAAGGCUGGUUUUGUUGCUACACGAAUUUCGGUUACGUCUCUCAAUCUUGAAGUUGUCAGAGCUUUAGCAAGAGAGGGUAUUCCUUCUAUUGGAAUGUCUCCGUUCUCGUGCGGGUGGUCAACCUGUCAAAGAAAUAUGGAAGAAGCUGAAAUCUCAAUGGUGAUUAAUGCUAUUGAUGCUGGUUUCAUACCUGUUUUGCACGGAGAUGCAGUCCUAGACAGUUCACAGGAAUGCACCAUAUUGAGUGGAGAUGUGAUCAUACGCCAUUUGGCAGCAAAGUUGAAGCCAGAAUAUGUUGUUUUCCUUACAGAUGUUAGUGGCGUAUAUGACCGCCCACCUACAGAUCCUGAUGCGGUUCUUCUUCAAGAAAUUGAUGUGUGCGAAGACGGGAGCUGGUAUGUGGUGAAGCCAGCAUUACUAGGUGCAAGCAAGCCCGAAUUUACAGUAGCUUCCCAUGACACAACUGGUGGUAUGGUUACCAAAAUAUCUGAAGCUGCAAUGAUUGCAAAACUGGGAAUUGAUGUAUUCAUUGUAAAGGUGGGAACUGAAGAUUCACUCCGUGCAUUAGAUGGGAGUCUCUUGGGUGAAAUUCCCAACGAUUGGCUUGGAACAGCUAUCCGACUUGUAAGAUAGAAGAUGCCAACCUAAAUGCUUUUCAAUUCAAAGAAUGUAAGAUUACGUUUGGUAAUAGGAUAGCCUUCUAAAAGAAAAUGUGAGAUUACAUAAUGCAAUAUUUUCCUAAGCCGUUUGGGUUGAGCUACAUGAUAUGGCCUUAGUCUAGAUUAGGAGAAAUGGUGAG